GGACAAGUGCGUGCCCGGAAGUCUCGGGGAGGGGCGUGACGUACAUCCGGCGCGUAGCUGGCGGUCCUGGGUACUGCUGGUCUGUGUGUUCUGAGGGAGGGUCGCGCCGCCAGCCACCGCCGGAGGAGCCCCUCGGGCCGUUGUAAGCAUCAAUAAUGUCUUUCAUCUUUGAGUGGAUCUACAAUGGCUUCAGCAGUGUGCUCCAGUUCCUAGGACUCUACAAGAAAUCGGGGAAGCUUGUAUUCUUAGGUUUGGACAAUGCAGGCAAAACCACUCUUCUUCACAUGCUGAAAGAUGACAGACUAGGCCAGCACGUACCGACACUACAUCCCACUUCAGAAGAACUGACAAUUGCUGGAAUGACUUUUACCACUUUUGAUCUUGGUGGACAUGAGCAAGCACGUCGAGUUUGGAAAAAUUACCUCCCAGCAAUUAAUGGGAUAGUUUUUCUGGUGGACUGUGCAGAUCAUUCUCGCCUCAUGGAAUCCAAAGUUGAGCUUAAUGCUUUAAUGACUGAUGAAACAAUAUCCAAUGUGCCAAUUCUCAUCUUGGGAAACAAAAUUGACAGGACAGAUGCAAUCAGUGAAGAAAAACUCCGUGAAAUAUUUGGGCUCUAUGGGCAGACCACCGGAAAGGGGAAUGUGACUCUGAAGGAGCUGAACGCCCGCCCAAUGGAAGUAUUCAUGUGCAGUGUGCUCAAGAGGCAAGGCUACGGCGAGGGUUUCCGCUGGCUUUCCCAGUAUAUUGACUGAUGUUUGGACAGUGAAAAUAAAGAGUUUUACUUCUGGACUGAUCCUAUUCACAGCUUCCUCAUGGACUUUUCUAAUAGAACAAGGAAAGCUCUCCAACCAUGUCUGGCAUUGAGAAGCCACGCAUCUCUGUCUACGCCCAUUGCCCAGUGGUGACAUGUGCUCUUCUCCACUCUUGGGAAGUAACACUGCCUGUCUGCUGGUGCAGGUCAGUGUGCGGGGACGUGGGCUGGCAGGAUUUGCCAGGGAAAGCUGGGUGCCAUCAUGGGACACCUGAAAAGAAAAACACGUCUCACCACUGGUUGAUUUCAAAAGAAAGUGAUUCUAUUUUUUAAAGAAAGUGUUGUUAAUGUAAUUGGUAUCCCUUCUCUAACUUUUUGAGUUCACAAUUUACUUGGUCCAGAUUUUCUAUCCUUUUUUUUUUUUUAACUAGUAAACGAAAUUUAGAUACUUCAUAAAAUUAUGAACAGACAGCGCUUUGGAGGCCAGAGCUAUGCUGUGUAACUGCCUUGUUGAAGGUGGCACUUGAGCCCAAGCGCCAGGAGAGGGCAGCCUUGUCCUUACCUGGGGCUUUGUCCACCGUAGUAAGGCGAGUCCCUCAUCUGGAGUGGGUAAAGUGUCAUUGUCACAUUGUCAACUUUACUUGCAGUUACCGGUUCCAGCAGGCUUUGCUUUUAUACUGUUGUGGAAUUUCAUCUCUUUGUGUAGCACCUUCCUUUUUUCACUGUAGAUAUAAAAAGUAACUUUUGCCUCAUGAGUUAAGAACAUCUCUCAUGUAGACCGCAUGCUGCAGGUGUGUCCAGAUGCUUUUGAAUAUAUUCUCGGGGGAUAGUUCUGAACAGGAGGACACAGGUCAAAGUCAACACCCUGAGGCUGAAUUCUGUGAGUAGAAGACCUGUCCAUCUGCUCUGAUAGCACCGUGUGAACCUAGGAAAGACUUUCAGGGGGCUUUGUGUUUGCCCCUCCAGAAGCAAGCAGAGAAAACACAAAAUGGCCUUCCAGCAACAGCAAGUGCUGGUGUGAGAGCGGCAGCCAGCAGCGGCCCUGUGAGGAUCAUGAACAGCAUUUUUAUAGUGUCUGGUUUUCUUGAUGCCACAUGUGAAAUUGGGUUUUCAUGAUGUUAACUUUAUAUUCUCCCCUUGGAGGAGAGGAGAGGAGAGGAGCUGGUCUGCAGGUGGGAGGGUGUCUUGAUCCCUACUUCUUUAGUGCCAGGUGAGAGGUGGGGUCUCAGUUACGAUGCUGCUACAUUGUGACAGACUUGGGUUGAGCAAGAGGGUAGGGAAGGUGGAUCGCACACUCCUGGGGGAGGGGGUUCUCACUUUUUAGUUUUGAGCACUGAGCUUGUGGGACAGUGUUCUGUUACACUGCCAGGUUUCCAAAUCCGA